AUGGGCUUAUCGCACCGCAUACAAGACCAUCUUGGGAGAAUCAAGGCACUGAAUUAUCGUUUACCAGCCGCCGGGGCACACAGAAGGCUACAACUCAACGAGCUUGAAAAGAUUCAGAGAGAUGCUUAUGACAACACCGCCAUACACAAAGCAAAAGUCAAGGCUUACCACGACAAGCAAAUUCACCAGAAAGACUUUGAGCUUCAUUUGUUUCCUGAUAAAUUACGUUCUCGUUGGGCUGGCCCAUAUGUUGUUGAACAUGUUUAUCCUCAUGGUGCUGUUGAUGUUUUGAAUCCAAUUAAUGGUAAAUCUUUUAAAGUAAAUGGUCAAAAACUUAAACCAUUUCUUGGUAGUUUUGAGGUUGGAGAACCGAAUGAGGAGUUGAUCGAUCCAGUUUACACGGUCGAUCCGUUGAUCUAG